AUGAGAAAAACGCGGCAAGCCGCUGAAUUUUCAGAGCUUAAGGAAUUGGUUCAUCAACUUAGAGUCUGCGAUUUGCAACAGUUGCUUGCGGAUCAUAACAUCAGUCGUAGCGGUCGUAAAUCCGACCUUGUAGAGCGUGUCCUUAUUCUUGUACGACAAAACAUACCCGUCUUGAAGCACAAAGUGCGCGAACUUUACCGAAAAGCUCAACAAGAGGCUCAAGAUCUACAGACUGCUUCUGCUAGCACAUCGAGCAGCGCGGUGGAUCAAUCUCAUUUGCUGUCGUCCGCACUGCAGUCUGUGGACAAUACACUCGUGGUUCAAUCGCUGCUUUCGUCCGGCGUUCACAUUAACAUCAACCCCAGUGGCAACGGUGGUUCCAUUGUGAGCAACCCCACCAACAAUAACGUUCACAACAUCAAUAGCACACGCACGUUAGCGGGAAUGUACCAGCAACAAUAUGCAAACACCGUUCAAAACGACAACCGCGUCAGCCAGGUGCAUGCCAACGGGAUGGGCGUGCCAGGUUACAACGAUUAUCCUAUACAUCCGGACGUGCAGCUGAAAAAAUUGGCAUUUUUUGAUGUGAUGGCAACUUUAUUGAAACCUGCAACAUUGGUCCCAAGUAAUACCACGCAACGUGUGCAAGAAGGUUCCUUUUACUUCCAUCUCACGCCACAACAGGCCAUGGAAAUCGCGCUCAAUCGUGACCUUAGCAACCCAAGCAAAAUCGAGCACGUUGUUCAAGUGCAACUACGAUUUUGUUUGUUGGAGACAACCUGCGAGCAAGAUGACUACUUUCCACCGAAUAUAGUGGUGAAAGUUAACAACAAACUGUGUCCAUUGCCGAAUCCUAUCCCUACAAAUAAACCUGGCGUAGAACCAAAGAGACCCCCGCGGCCGGUCAAUAUUACACCGAAUGUGAAAAUAUCCCCGCUCGUUGCGAAUCACAUUGUGGUGUCCUGGUGCACCGAGUAUAACCGCGGCUACGCAGCCGCAUGUUAUUUAGUUCGAAAACUGACAUCGGCUCAGCUUUUGCAAAGGCUUAAAAUUAAAGGCGUGAAGGCAGCGGAUUACACACGAGCAUUGAUCAAAGAGAAACUAAACGAGGAUGCUGAUUGUGAAAUCGCUACCACAAUGCUAAAGGUGUCGUUGAUUUGUCCUUUAGGAAAAAUGCGCAUGAGCACUCCGUGUCGUUCAUCAACAUGCUCUCACCUGCAGUGCUUCGAUGCAUCGCUAUAUCUUCAAAUGAAUGAACGCAAACCGACAUGGAAUUGCCCUGUUUGCGACAAACCGGCAGUAUACAAUAAUUUGGUUAUAGAUGGAUAUUUUCAAGAGGUGUUAGCAUCGACAAAACUUUCAACUGAAGAUACAGAAAUUCAACUUCAUAACGACGGUUCGUGGAGUGCGCGUGUAAAACAAAGCGACUCAAACGAUGGUUCUCCUAGCAAAGUGGUGCACAAGGUGGAAGUCAUAUCCGAUGAUAUAGAAGUAAUUACUACAGAUCCACCAAAGCCAAGCGUUGUAUCGCAGACUUCUGUCAUUUCGACCAACGAGCCAACCUCAACUACUACCUCGGGAGAAAUGGUGGACUUAACGCUAAGCGACUCCGAUGAUGAUGUUCCUUCCAAAAGAAAGAAAACCUCUAACCGUGUGAACGGAUCUGGAAGUUCCAGUGGAACAACAUCUUUGUCCUCCUCUUCUACAUCUGGUGCAGGGAGUGCCGCGCAAACUGCAGGAACAGUUACACGCUCUAAGAUAAAUGAGGAUCCCUCGUCGUCGGUAAUAUCGCUUGAUUCUCCAUCACCACCAUCGACACCUAAUCCAGCUCACAACGGUAGCAAUAACGAUGUAUCUUCAACAACUACACCUUCUCUUGCGGCUUAUCAUCAUUAUCACCAGCAGCAAUCUCCUGGCGGUAGCGGUGGAUCUGCUGAACAAAUGAGCAAUUUUCAAAUAAACCCACUGGCGCUUCAUCGAUAG